AUGCGUCCAUUUGUCAAAGCUAAAGUUGACUUCUUCUCUUCAGAGAGAAAAGAAAACUAUGUCCACUCUCUGCCAGAGUUGAUCGACUUCAAUGCCGUCCAUAAUCCCGACCACCUAUUUUGCGUUCAGGCUCGGUCAAACGAACCCCCCAUCAAUGUCACAAACGCACAGUUCAAGUUAGCAGUCGACCAAUGCGCUCAAUGGAUUGCAACUAACGUCAAAUUGCCGACCGCCGCAACCAAGAAUGGUUUGGCCGAAAGACCUCCGGUCGCUUUACUCAUGGAAAGUGAUUUUGGCCUUAUAGUGCACCAGUUUGCUCUUGUCUCCAUGGGUAUCCCCCCACUCGUACUUUCCGCCCGCCUCAGUCCUGAGGCUAUUUUUCAUCUCCUAAAAAGCACCGAAGCAUCUUCCCUUAUUAUUUCACAGAGGAUUGCACAGGCCACCAAAGGAGCUUUUGGAAGCGUCAAACUCAUCGAUAUUCAUGUCGGUCAACCAUAUAGCUCUUUUUAUGACGUGGCUGAAGAUAAAAGGGUCAAGAGAGAGGCUGUUUAUCCAGACAACGUUGAUGCCAACAUUUUACUAUUGCAUUCCUCUGGCACCACUGGCCUUCCCAAGCCAAUUGCUCUCACUCACCGACAGCUAGUAUUCUCCGUGAGCCAUGGCGAUUUCGAUACAGAAGAGGAGGCUCAAGGAAUUGUCAUCUCUACCCUUCCUCUUUUCCACGGAUUUGGUCUACUUGCUCCUGGGCUUUCCAUGUCAAUUGGAAAGACCGUGUGCUUUCCAGCCUCUGAUCGCAUUCCUGAUGCUCAAUCAAUCGUAGACCUUGUCAACACUUCUGGCGCAACCGGCAUGAUGACGGUGCCUUUUCUUCUUGAGGAUAUGGCUGCACUCCCGAAUGAGGUGGGUUUGAAGACACUGGCCAAACUGGAUUUUGUUGGAACGGGAGGCAGUGCUCUCAGUGCCGCGUUUGGUGCCUCUGCUGCAGCUGCAGGAAUUCGACUCCUGAAUUUGUAUGGAACGACAGAGACAGGUCCCCUUACUAAGACAUUUGCGCCUAAAGAUGGAUACAAUUGGAAGUAUUUCAGACUGCGAAAGGAUAUGCUCUUCAAGGUUUCAGAGUUGGAGCCCUACAAUGGCGAAAGACGAUUCAGGCUGACCGUGUUCCCCUUUGGCGCUGAAAAGCCGUUCGAGAUUGCCGAUCAACUCAUUCGAAGCGAAGCAUUUCCCGAAACCGAUUUUGCUGCUAUUGGUCGCGACGACGACGUGGUUGUUCUUGCGAACGGCGAAAAGGUCAACCCUCUGCUCCUAGAGACUGCACUGACGGAAUCUGGACUGGUCAAAUCGGCAAUUGCGUUUGGAGAGAACCAAUUUGAGAUUGGUGUGAUUGUAGAACCUACAGAGUCUAUUACUGACAAUGAGAAGGAGGACUUUAAGAAAAAGAUUUGGCCCAUCAUUAUCCAGGCAGGGGAGCGGAUGGAUGCCACGGCGAGAAUUUACUCUCCUAUCGCCGUCAUCGUCUUAUCAUCCAGCGUCGUGGUUCCUAGAACAGACAAAGGAUCUAUUGCGCGAAAAGAAGUAUUUAAGCUACUUGAGGCAGACAUCGCCCAGGUUUACAAAGACUUGGAUAGUGGCGUGACUGAUGUUCCGCCGCUUAACUACGAAAACUUGGAACAAGAUCUGAAAGAGUUGAUUCAAAAGCGGCUUAAGCUACGAGUAACACCAGAUGCUUGGACUAUCGAGGAUAACAUCUUUACCUUGGGUCUAGACUCUCUACAAGCUACAACACUGCGCAGAAUUCUCCUAUCCGCGGCUACAAAAACGCCGCCCGAUGUUAUUAGAAGGGAUUUUGUCUAUGUUAAUUACUCUGUACAGGCUAUGGCAGAUGCACUUCGACAGGAUGCCUUGUCGAACACAAGCGGAGGAACCUUUGGCAAAGAGGUGGAACGCUUUGCUCAAAAGUACUCCCUCAAAUCCCUCAGAGCCGCAGAGUCAGACAACUCUGAAGGCACAACUAAGCUUGUUGAGGGAGCGGUGGUGCUAUUGACAGGCAGCUCAGGCAGCUUGGGAUCCUAUGCGUUGGCAGAACUAGCAAAGUCGCCUCAUGUUGCCAAAGUGGUCUGUCUACUAAGGAAACGCCCCGGUAGCGUAAUCAACCCAACUCCUGGAGGAUCCAAGGUUGACAAGGCUUCUCUUGUUGCCAAGGGCAUUGAGUUAAGCGAGUCCGAGUGGACAAAGAUUACGGCCCUGGAAAUCGACCCGACGGCAGACAAUUUGGGGCUUCCACCUAUGGUUUAUGCAAUGGUCUCGAAAACGGUCACUCAUGUGUUGCAUGCGGCGUGGCCGAUGAAUUUCCACAUGCGCCUCCCAUCCUUCGACUACCAGUUUGCCUUCUUGAAGAAUCUCUUGCAGCUGUCCGUCGAAGCGCCGCAAAAGGUCCGAUUUUUGUUCAUAUCGUCGAUUUCCGUCCUCGCAAAAAUGGGGCUGGACAAUCCAGGACACAGCAUCCCUGAAAUCCCACUAGACGUAGAAAGAGCCGCUUGUGGCAUUGGAUACGCCGAUGCAAAGCUAGUCUGCGAAAAGAUGCUGGAAGAGGCAUCGUCGCUCUACGGCAAUGCCCUAGAGGUAUCCAUUGCCCGAUGUGGCCAGUUGACGGGGUCGCGGAAGACUAGUGCCUGGAAUGUCAUCGAACAGAUCCCGAUGCUUAUUCGAACGUCUCAAAGCCUGGGUAUACUGCCGACAAUACAAGGGACUGUUUCCUGGAUCCCGGUUGAUGACGCAGCUGCAGCGACGACUGAGCUUCUCCUGAAUACGGCUGGCCCCGGCCUGGUCACCCACGUGGAGAACCCUGUGAGGCAGACAUGGGAUGGAAUCUUGGAAAUUAUCCGAGCCGAGCUUGGGAUCACAAAGUCACUUCCCUUUGAUGACUGGCUAGAGCAAGUGGCGGCUACAGAUGAUAAAGACGCCGAUUUGUAUCCUGUCAAGAAGCUCUACGAGUUCUUUAAGCUUUAUUUCCUAACUGCCUCUUUGGGUACGGUUGUUAUGGCAACAGAUGUCAGCCGCAAGAGUUCCUCAACUCUUCGCGAACUCACAGCCUUGGACAAGGAUGUCAUUGCUGGGUAUGUGCGGUACUGGAAAAGAACAGGGUAUUUGGACUAG